AUGAUUGAUGCAAGUAUCAGUUGCAAUGACGAGUUGAUUCGAGCACAGCGAGUGGCUCGCCAUAAAUGCUGUGCGCUUGUAUUCGCCCAGUUAUGUGCCCUUUUCACGAAGAGAUUUCUUUACUUCGUUCGAAACUGGCCGCAAUUGUUCGGUCAGGUGUUGGUUCCUCUGGCGCUUCUGAUUGCGAUCGCUUACGUCUCAAAAACUUGGGUAAAGCCGACUGGCAUGAAAGAUUCGGGACGGAUGUUUUCUGUAGCGACGUUCGGUCCGUCCCGGAUUCCUGUGAAAGUGGAGCAUAGGUCUCCAUUGGUCAACGCAUAUAUCGAUAUUGUAUCAAAAGGGCCAGAAGCUAAGGUCUAUGAGCUUGGCCCUAACGACAACUUGACCAUCUGGGUAGAUCAAUUGCCAAGACUAAUGCCAGCUCCUGGAUUUGGCGCAAUAUUCGCCCAGGACGCUGUCGAAGUGCUCUACAAUAAGGAAGCUUACCACUCUUCGCCAGUUUCAAUAAAUGCGUACGAUAAUGCGCGAUUGAAAGUUGAAACGAAUGCAUCUGAUGGAAUUAUUCGUACCCACUUGCACGCUUAUUUGCCUGCCAAUUCCACAGGCAAAUCAUCGUUCCGGCAUGUUCUGAGUCAAAAAGAUGUGGACAAGUCACUGGGCUUAUUUUUGGUUCUGGCCUUGACACUCGUAACAUCACCUUUUGUUAUUUUCUUAGUCGAAGAGCGCGUUAGCAAGUUUGCGCACCAGCAAUCUUUGACGGGCAUUUCACCGAUCGUGUUCUGGACAUCCUCGUUCCUCUUCGAUUUCCUCUUCUACUCCAUUGUUUGCGCAUGUUUCUUGGCAGUGUUCAUAAUAUGUGGUUGGAUGGAAGGGUAUCUCGGAUUCGUGAUACUGCUGUUCGCUCUAUACUUUUGGUCAUGUGUGCCAUUCAUUUACGCCAUCUCCUUCAUAUUUUCAUCGCCUUCGAAAGCGAACGUCUUUCUUAUUCUUUGGCAGUUGGUGGCUGCUUACGCUGCUAUGAUGUCCGUGGUUUUCUUCACUCUCGGUGAAAUGAUACGGUCACGACUCAUCGAAAUGAUCAGGUCAUUACUUCUAUGUCUGCUACCCUCCUUUGCACUCGGCAAUGCUACAGUAACGGUGGGAACAGUUUCAGCUGAAAAGUUAGCACCGAACAUUCUGUGGGAAUGGGAUAUGCUCGGUAGGGCUAUAACGUUUAUGCUGAUAUUCGGCUGCUUCUCCUCGUUGCUUUUUCUGGCUUUUCAAUUCAAAAUUGUUCGAUAUUGUUGCUUCCAACUCUGGAAUUCGCGACAUCAACGUAGAAGUGAUAGCAGUGUAACCCAUGAAGAUGAUGAAAAAGCAAAGGCUGAAGAGCGAGUUGACGUGCAGCAAUCUGACGAUGAUUUGGCUUUGGAGGUGAAGAAUCUGUGCAAAAUGUAUGGGCAUCUGAGAGCCGUUGAUGGUCUGACGCUAGGUGUACGGAGCAGCGAAUGCUUUGGACUGCUCGGUGCGAACGGAGCUGGAAAGACAACUACUUUCGAUAUACUCACAGGACAAUCAUUUGCAACCUCUGGAACCGCUCGUAUCGGCAAACAGGACGUGACGAAGCAGAUUUGUAUCGGAUAUUGUCCGCAAUUUGACGCACUUCUUUUGGAUCUGACUGGAAGAGAAUCCCUACAGAUCCUUGCGCGUAUGCAUGGUUUCCCGCAUCCAGCUGAUAUAACGGAUGUUGUUCUUCGUGUUGUCGGUAUGACGGAUCACGCGGAUAAGCUGGUGCGAUACUGCAGUGGAGGGCAACGUCGGAAAAUAAGCGUUGGUCUGGCGAUCCUCGCUCCAACCCGAAUUAUCAUUUUGGAUGAACCUACUGCUGGAAUUGAUCCCAAAGCUCGUCGUGAAAUUUGGACGGCCUUAUCGAUUAUACGUGAUAACUCUGAAACAGCUCUCCUGCUAACAUCUCAUAGCAUGGACGAAUGUGAAGCGUUGUGUAGUCGAAUUGCGAUUCUGCACAGGGGCAGGCUGGUUGCGAUUGGGACGAGUCAACAGCUAAAAUCGAGAUUUGGGAAUAGCUAUACAAUAACGAUGGUCGCACCAAGAGUGGAAUCUCGUGAUGCUGUCAUUGACGCGGUAAAAGAAGCAUUCCCUGGAGCUGUCCUGAAAACACCCAAAGGAAGCCUCACUCUCAGUUUGAAGUGGCAGAUUCCCAAGUCCGAAUCGGAUAGAUGGUCUUCGCUGUUCCGCAAAGUCCAAACCUUGGCCGCUUCGCUGGGAGUUGUUGAUUUUUGUGUGACGCAGUCUUCGCUUGAAGAGACCUUCCUACGGCUUUCCGUGGAUAGCUGA